AUGAGCUCACCCGGUGGCCGGCGGAAAUACCAAGAGAUGCAGAGGCGGAAACACCUUAGCCGCGCGAACCUAACAAGCCCCAGCAAGAGUAGAGCGAGCCAAUUGCUGGACGAGAAUACCGACUACGCCGUUGACGACGAGGAUGACGAGGAGACUUUGCGGUUGAAGCUGGCAGCGAUCGAGGCCCGGCUGAAGUUGAAAAAGUUGAAACAGCAAAAUGGUUCGACUUCAAAAGUCGCAGAUGCCAGCACGGAGGGCAACGGAUUUCGCGGGGGACCUGGGAAGCGAUAUCUUGGAGAUCGGAACGAGAGAAUAGAUGAUGCGAGAAGUGCAAAUGAUGUCCAAGUACCUCUAUCACCUCUCAGGAAAAUAGUCACACCAAAGGACCCUAUAUCCCCAAGACGGGUUAUCUUGGGCAUCGAUAAGGGCCUGAAAGGCAGCGAAGUGUCGCUGAGGCGGCCGCCCGGAUCCAGAGACGCUGCUAGACCAGGAAGCUCCUUCAGUACGACUAGACCUACAUCUCGACUCGGCGCUGGUCCAUCUACAGUCUCCCAAAGUUUCCCGUCCUACGAUUCUCCCAAAAUCAAGAGUUUCAGCGAACGACUUCGCGAGAGCAAGGCAGCGGACAAAGCCAAAUGGGAGAAAGCGCAGAACGUUGCGCGUAAUCGAAGGACCGGGUUUGAGGUGGACAAAAGGGAAUUAGAGAAUUUCAAGGCGGCUGCGGAGGCAACAAAGCAGCCUUCUACUUCUCUGGCGACGGAAAGAUCGCAGCCCCAGCAAUUCAGCCGUACCGAUAUUGUGCAUGCCUAUAAUCGACCGCGCUCUCCAAUACGCCGGAGUAAAACCAUAUCUACAGUCCAUGACAGGCCUUCAUCGAGAGACACUGUGACUCACGGACGAAGCAAUUCGUUCACUGAAACUGGCCGACCCGAAGACGAUCAUGGGAUGCAUGACAAGAAAACUCCUGAUCCUUCCAAGUUCGAACCCUACUCGGGGCUUCAUCUCUCCAACCGCAUCUUACCACACUCAUAUGUCACGCGAAAGACCGAGUCCAUGAAGAGGCUGCGAAUCCCCGACUUGCUGAGAACAGUCAAGGGACCAGAGUUUGAACUGCCUGACACAGAUGGUGACUAUGUGGUUUUUGGGGUUGUCGGUUCAAAGUCCACUCCAAGGGAGCAUAAAGACAAGAAACAGGGGGCAGAAAAAGAGAAAGAUCCUUAUGACGACGGGCUUAACAAUACAGCGAAAUAUAUGGUGUUCACUUUGACUGACUUGAAAUGGAGCAUCGACCUCUUCUUGUUUGCUACGGCAUUCCCAAAAUAUUACAAGAUGUCACCAGGCACGCUGAUUGCAAUCCUGAAUCCGGCCAUCAUGCCACCGCCGCCGCAUAAAACCAACACAAAUGCAUUCAGCCUGACUGUAUCGUCCUCAGAUGAUACAAUACUAGAAAUAGGCACUGCUCAGGAUAUCAACUUCUGCAAAGCCGUGAAGAAAGACGGCAAGGUCUGCGAUUCCUGGAUAGACGGCCGUAAAACUGAUUUUUGCGAUUUCCAUGUUGAGAUUCAGCUGAAGAAAACAACCGCACAGAGAAUGGAAGUCAACAACGGUCCCGGAUUUGGUCGAGGCCCUAGAUCCGGGCGGUUUGGAAACCGAGGCGGGCAUGGCCGUGGCGGACAAGAAAACGGCCUCAGAAAUGAAGGCGCCGCCUAUGAUCGGGGCUCAGGGUCAACGUACUAUGUCACGCCUCCGGUGCCAGGGAUUCAUCGUUCAGCUGCGGGCAUGAUAGAUGCGGAUAACCCCUUCAGCGGCAACGGAGAUUUUUUCCAUCGACGCGGUGAGAGUCAGGGUGAUCGACUGCGCAAAAGGCUCGCCGAUCAGGAAAAAGAACGUAAUAUCGCGAGGCGACUCGGCGAGUUUAAAAGCGUUGGCUCGGAAUAUCUUCGUAUCCAGCACGGCGAAGCUGCCCAAGAUCCUUCUCAGCCGUCAACUUCCGGCGCUCCCGCUUCACAGCAGCGCAGGCCCGAUGAGCCCCCGUCGGCUCGUGUCGUAUUGGGAUUGGACAAACUAUCCAAAAACGCGAGCAAUGUGCGACUGGGUCGGAUUAAGAAGCGGGAUUUUGAUACUAGCACUGGCUCCGGGAACAACAAUGGGCGGUCCUCACCGGUAAAAAAGACAAGGUUCAUUACUGCAAAGGGGAUUCGGGAGGCUGGUAGGGAAAGCCUAGGGACAAAUCCGGGCGCUUGCUCGGAUGAUGACCUGGAUAUUGUGGGAUAG